AUGUCGACAUUUGCGACGAACAUCGCCACGUGUACGACGCUGUCGUGCGCGUUUCUAUUAUUUCCGAUCGUCGCGUGCGUCGGAUUUCUGUUUCAUCAGGUCAAUUUGAUUCACGACAACGGAAUUGCCGAAAUCGACGAGUUCAAGCAUUAUGCUGAUGGCGCGUGGGCCGACAUGUUGCCGUCGCUUCGCGCGAAACGGACCAUCGACGCCGAGGUGUUGUGCGAUUGCGGUCGAAGCGCGGCGGCCACGUGUCCGCCGGGACCACAAGGGCCGCGAGGACGACCCGGCAAGAAGGGAACCGAUGGUCCGCACGGCUCGCAGGGGCCCAACGGGAAGGACGGCAUCGAGGUGUUCAGGGAGAUGAUCGGGCCGAUCAUUUGCAUUCCGUGUCCGCCGGGCGCGCCGGGUCCGGCGGGCGUCGACGGCGACGUCGGCGAGCCGGGCGUCGACGGGCUGCCGGGCAAUCGCGGCGUCGACGGCAAAGACGGCGGCGACGGCGAGCCCGGCGAGGCGGGCUUCGUCGGAUUUCCCGGCUACAACGGAAUGCCGGGCGACGACGGGCUGCCGGGACAGAACGCGACGCGAGGCGUCGGCGAACGCGGCGCGCCGGGACCGCCGGGACGCGUCGGCGAGCCCGGCAUGCCGGGACCGCCAGGCGACGACGGCGCGCCCGGCAAACCGGGACGCGAAGGCGAGCGCGGUCCGCCCGGUGCGCCCGGCGCCGCGGCGGAAGGCGGACCCGACGGGCUUCCAGGCGCGCCCGGUGUUCCGGGCUUCGAUUCCGGGUAUUGCCCGUGUCCGAAGCGCGGAAUGACGAAGAAUGUCGAGAAGAAGGCGGCGAGCGGCGAUUCGAGAUUGGCGCCGCCACCAAACGCCGCCAACGACGAGUCGGGCGAUUUCACCAAUUCGGCGACACUCGCCGACGGCUACACGUUGGCGAAAUCUUGA